AUGCCCGUGACCACGGUCUGCAUUCCUGAAUCCAGCGCUGUCUUGCGAUCGCCUGUCCCUGCCUCUCCUAUCGUCCUGCGAUCAGAUACCAAGUUAAUUCCGAGAUAA